AUGCAAAACAAUUUUUUCACACAUAACAAAACCAAUAAACAAGACCGCAAUAGGGGGAAAUAUUGUUAUUCUUCCUGUGCUUCCCGGUACCAAAUGGUCCACGACCCGGUACCAAAUAGUCUACAGCCCGGUACCAAGUGGUCUACGGCCCGGUACCAAAUGGUCCACGGUCCGGUACCAAAUGAACCAAGGACCGGUACCAAAUGGUCCAGUACCCGGUACCAAAUGGUCCCUGACCUGGUACCAAAUGGUCUACGGCCCGGUACCAAAUGGUCUAUGGCCCGGUACCAAAUGGUCCACGGCCCGGUACCAAAUGAUCCAAGGACCGGUACCAAAUGGUCCAGUACCCGUUACCAAAUGCUCCACGGCCCGGUACCGAAUGGUUCACAGCCCGGUACCAAAUGGUUCACAGCCCUAUCGAUCGAUCUAUCUAUCUAUCUAUCUAUCUAUCUAUCUAUCUAUCUAUCUAUCUAUCUAUCUCAGUCUGCUCAUUAUCUAUCUAUCUAUCUAUCUAUCUAUCUAUCUAUCUAUCUAUCUGAGUCUGCUCAUAUCUAUCUAUCUAUCUAUCUAUCUAUCUAUCUAAGUUUGCUCAUAUCUAUCUCAGUCUGCUCAUAUCUAUCUAUCUAUCUAUCUAUCUAUCUAUCUAUCUAUCUAUCUAUCUAUCUCAGUCUCCUCAUAUCUAUCUAUCUAUCUAUCUAUCUAUCUAUCUAUCUAUCUAUCUAUCUCAGUCUGCUCAUAUCUAUCUAUCUAUCUAUCUAUCUAUCUAUCUAUCUCAGUCUCCUCAUAUCGAUCUAUCUAUCUAUCUCAGUCUGCUCAUAUCUAUCUAUCUCAUGCUGCUCAUAUCUAUCUAUCUAUCUAUCUAUCUAUCUAUCUAUCUAUCUAUCUAUCUAUCUCACGUUCGAAAUCUCGUAUUUUCUUUCUUUCUUUCUUUCUUUCUUUCUUUCUUUCUUUCUUUCUUUUUGUUCCUUUCUUACAACCGUCUUUAAUUGUCCUCCCCUCAUUUUCUUUCACUCUUACUUUCACUCUCUUUCUUUAAUUUUCUUUGUCAUAAACUUUUUCUUUCUCUGUUUUUUCUUUGUUUUUUUUUUUUUCUCUAUUUGUUUGUUUAUUUCUUUCUUUUUUGUCCGUUCUUUUUUUCUUCCUUUCUUUCUUUCUGUCUUUUUUCUUCGUUCUUUCUUCUAUUUUUCCUUCUAUCUUCUAUUUUCGUUCGUUCUUUCUUGCUUCUUUCUUUCUUUUCCGUUUUUUCUUUCUUUUUCUUUCUUUCAAUUUCUUUCUUUUUCUUUCAAUUUUUUCUUUCUUUCUUCUUUCUUUCUUUCUUUCUUUCUUUCUUUCUUUCUUUCUUUCUUUCUUUCUUUCUUUCUUACAGCCGUCUAA